AUGUAUACCAUGAUCCUGGCCGAUGUGCUGAAAAGAUGGUACAAGCUCAAAGGUCGACAAUCUCUCCUUCUCACGGGCACAGACGAGCAUGGCAUGAAAGUCCAGCAGGCCGCGGAGAACAACGAUACCCCUCCCAAGGAGUGGUGCGACAUCCAGUCCGAGAAGUUCAAGCAGUUGGCAGCAAAGACCAACCUUGCAAACGAUUUCUUCAUACGGACCACAGAUGAGGAUCACAAGGAGGCUGUCCGGCAUUUUUGGUUUCUGCUCAAGGAGAAGGGGCUAAUUUACGAGUCAAAGCACGAAGGCUGGUACUGUGUGAGCGACGAGACCUUCUAUCCUGAGUCCAUGCUUGACAGGAAGGUCGAUCCAUUGACCGGUGAAGUGUCCCUGGCGUCGAUCGAGAGCGGGAACUCGGACCAGCUUCUCGAGUUCUACCAGCAAAACCCCGACUUCAUUGUCCCUAGGUCGCGAAUGCGGGAAGUCGUGCAAUGGGUCCAGAAUAACCUAGAGGACCUGUCAAUAUCGCGACCAUCCAGCCGAUUGAACUGGGGUAUCCGUGUGCCGGGUGAUGACACUCAGACCAUCUACGUCUGGGUAGAUGCUCUUAUCAACUACUUAACAAAGGCUGGUUUUCCAAACUGGACACCGGGGAGAGAGUUGGACGGUGGAUGGCCGGCCGAUGUGCACGUUAUAGGGAAAGACAUAGUCCGGUUCCAUGGCGUGUACUGGCCUGCACUCCUGCUGGCGAUUGGCAUAAGUCCGCCAAAGAAGCUCCUGAGCCACGCUCACUGGACCAUGAAUGGAAGGAAGAUGUCCAAGUCUCUAGGAAAUGUUGUCAACCCCUACUACGCCAUCGACCGGUGGGGGGUUGAUACGAUGAGGCUCUUUAUGGUGCUCGACGGUGGGAUCGAUAACGAUGCCAACUACGACAACGAGAUCAUCGUACAGAGAUACAAGAAGGUCUUGGCGGGGACCUUUGGCAACCUCUUGAGCCGAGUCACGCGGAGCAAGGCUUGGAAUUCGAAAUUGGACGAGCAGACUGCAGCGUUAUUUGAAGUUCAGAAGGCCAAAAUCGAUGCUCUAUACAGUGAGAUGGACAAAUUCAUGGAGGGACCGGAUCCAAGGCGGGCGCUUAUGGUGCUCACUGAGGUCGCAUUCGGAGCCAACCGAUUCAUAACUGAAAUGGCCCCAUGGGCCAUGUCAAGAGGCAUUGCAGAAAAGAGUCCAGAAGAACAGCUGGGGCUGAAUGCAUUGAUGUCGCAGACAAUCUACAUCAUGGCUGAGACCCUUCGGAACAUGGGCAUCCUGCUGCAGCCAUACAUGCCCGAAAAAGCGCGGCAUCUGCUGGAUGUGCUAGGUGUGCCGGAAAAAAACAGGACAUUCGAGUAUUGUGGAUUUGGGAAGGAUUCUGACUACGGGGUGCCUAUGAGGGAGCCUGGCAAGAGUGCUCACGAGAGCCUGUUCCCUCCACUCGACGUUGAGGAUUAA